CGCCCUGUUGCUGCAUCCCUCUGUCGUUGCAGUUUAUGUGGCUCACCACCAUAUUCUUACACAGGCACUGGAUUCACUAGAACUACCGCUGCUUCGCCAGGGAACAAGCAACGUAAUGUCGGGGAUGAUGGAGCUUCGGCUGUGGUGUAGACUAAUCGGUUGCUUCCUGGGGAUUUUCGCCAUGGUCCUCGCAGGUAUUCCCGCUUUGAAAGCAGAGGAGGACCAGUCCCAAGACCUGGAGUGCAAAAUGAAGAGUGUCACCGUCUCCGCGUUGCCGUUUUUGAGGGAGAACGACUUGAGUAUCAUGCACAGCCCGUCUGCCUCGGAACCCAAGCUCCUGUUCUCUGUAAGGAACGAUUUUCCUGGAGAAAUAGUGGUGGUGGAUGACCUGGAAAACACGGAGCUGCCCUUUUUUGUGCUGGAAAUUUCAGGCAGUGCUGAGGACAUCCCUCUGGUGAGAUGGAGACAGCAGUGGCUGGAGAAUGGAACUUUGCUCUUCCACAUUCACCACCAAGACAGCAGCCAAAAUCUACCAGGCAUGUCCCCUACAGACUAUCCAUCAAACGAGUCUGCUGAGGAGGAGCUGCGCAUCCUGCACAUCUCUGUCAUGGGAGGGAUGAUUGCUCUUCUCCUGUCUGUCCUGUGCUUGGUUCUGAUCCUGUAUACUCGGCGCCGCUGGUGUAAGCGCCGUCGGGUUCCUCAGCCCCAGAAGAGUGCCAGUGCGGAGGCGGCUAAUGAAAUCCACUACAUCCCCUCCGUGCUCAUGGGCGGCCAGGCCCGCGAGAGCCUGCGCAAUCCUCGUACCCAGUGCCACAACUCCACCCUCGGCAUCCGCGAGACCCCCAUCCUAGACGGCUACGAGUACGACAUCACAGACCUGCGCCACCACUUGCAGCGCGAGUGCAUGAACGGGGGCGAAGACUUUGCCAGCCAGGUCACCCGCACGCUGGACUCCCUACAAGGCUGCAAUGACAAGUCCAACAUGGACCUCACACCUGGGAGUGACAGUACCAAGCUGUCCCUAAUGAGCAAGUACAAGGAUAACAUCAUUGCCACCAGCCCUGUAGACACCAAUCACCAGCAAACAACUCUGCUCUCUCACACCUCCAGCAACCAGCGCAAGCACCUAUCAAACAAAACUAGAGCAGGGUCAGCAUUCCUUAACCCGGAAGGGGAUUCGGGGACUGAGGCGGACAGUGAACCCCAGCUGACCUUUUACACUGACCCCUCAAGAAGCAGAAGACGUAGCCGAGGUAUGAGAAACGGUUCUCCACGAAGUCCAAUCAAUAAAACGACCCUGACUUUGAUCAGUGUUGUCAGCUGUGUAAUUGGUUUGGUCUGCUCAUCUCACCUCACCUGCCCCCUUAAUGUUCGCAUCAUUCUACACGUGCCUGAGCACCUCAUUGCAGAUGGAAGCAGGUUUAUUUUACAGCAGGGGAGUCAGCUGGACGGCAGGGACUGGUUGAAUCCAGCCCAGGUGCUGCUCUUCUACCAGCAGAAUGCCAGCGGGCCCUGGAUGGCUGAGCUGUGCGGCCGUCGUCUGCUCGACCCCUGUGAGCACCAGUGUGACACUGAGACAGGGGAGUGUCAAUGCUCUGAUGGCUACAUGAGAGAUCCUGUCCACAAGCAUCUCUGCAUUCGGAACGAAUGGGGACCAAAUCAGGGUCCUUGGCCGUACACCAUAUUCCAGCGUGGCUUUGACCUGGUGAUGGGGGAGCAACCUUCUGACAGAAUAUUUAGAUUCACCUACACUCUCGGAGAAGGGAUGUGGCUGCCCCUCAGCAAGAGUUUUGUCAUCCCACCUGCCGAAUUGGCCAUCAACCCCUCUGCCAAAUGCAAAACAGACAUGACCGUAAUGGAGGAUGCUGUGGAUGUCAGGGAGGAGCUGAUGAUCUCGUCAGCCUUCGACAGUCUGGAGGUCCUGCUCGACUCGUUCGGGCCGGUGCGUGACUGUUCUAAAGACAAUGGUGGCUGCAGCCGGAACUUCCGCUGCAUCUCUGACCGCAAACUGGACUCUAGCGGCUGUGUGUGUCCACCAGGUCUAAGCCCGAUGAAGGAUGGCACAGGAUGCUAUGAUCACCACAUUGGGAUUGACUGCUCGGAUGGCUUGAAUGGGGGGUGUGGACAGCUGUGUCUUCAGCAGUUGGCACCCUUGGCUGAAGACUCAUCUCUCUACAACAUCCUUAUGUUCUGUGGUUGCAUUGAAGACUAUAAGCUGGGGCCUGAUAGACGGUCUUGCCAGCUCCUUUCUGAGUCAUGCACGGAAGGCCUAGACUGUGGGGAACUGGACGACAUCCCAGCCAACCAGACAGUCUUUGGGGACCUCUUUUACGGCUACAAUAAUCACACCAAUGAGCUCACUUCAGGACAGAUCCUAAAGGUGACUUUCAGACAGAAGAAUUUUGCCCGUGGGAUUGAGAAUCAGCUACCAGAUGCCAUGGUGGUGGCGUCAGUCCCAACAAAGGUCCAGUGCCAGGAGGAGCUGUCUGACCCAGUGCCUGACCCUGAAUACCUGACAGGUAUGGUAAAUUAUAGUGAGGUGUCUGGCUAUCCCCUGGUUCAGCAGUGGAAACUGAAAUCCAUUAUGUAUCACGUCAGACUCAAUCAAUGGGCACUUUCACAGGCCUUCAAUGCUGCAGUCCAUUCCUUGGAUGGAGCCACCCUGCGGAGUGAUUAUAUGUCUGUCCUAAAGGACUUUGGCAACCAUUUUGUCCAGGAGGCUGUCUAUGGGUUUGAGGAGAUGUGUACCAUCUGGUACCCCAAUAAACAGGUUCAGAGACAGUUAUGGGCAGAGUACCAAGACAUCAGCAAAGGGAAUUCUCCUUCUGAUGAAUCUGAAGAACGAGAAAAGGAACCCAAGACCCUCACUUUCCCAGCAUAUAUUGCCAGCUUAUUCGAUUCGGGUGCUAAGCGAAUGACGGCAGGUGUCCGGAUGGACUGUGGAAGUCAGGGUCAGUGCCCCUCGUCCUGUCACCUGUGCCACGUGAGCCCUGGGACAGGACGCUCCAUGGAGCCAGUGCUGCUCCAGAUCACUAAGGCAGCACCUCUGUAUGAGCUGGUCUCCAACAACGAAACCCAGAGGGCACUGCAGAAAGCCAUGAUGAGCAUGCUGUGGUGCUCAGGAAGUGGUGAUGUCAUCAAUGAUUGGUGCAGGUGUGACUCCAGUGCUUUCGGAGCAGACGGACUUCCUACCUGUGCAGCCCUUCCACACCCUGUGUUAAAGUUAUCUCAUGCCUAUGAACCAAGCAGCUCAUUGGUUGUCUUGGAAUGGGAUCACACAGAACCACCAAUUGGGGUGAAGAUUGUUGACUACCUCAUCAGCCAGGAGAAGGUGAAGGAGAGGACAGAUCAUUCGAAGGUGGAGACAGAAGCCAUGCUAAGUUUUGUGGAUGAUAUCCUUUCUGGCACCAAGUCUCCCUGUGUGAUGCUGGGGGGAAUCCCAGACCAGCUGACCUCAUCCAUUAGGGUGAUAAUCCGUUGCUUGGAGCCUGACACAACCUACAUGUUUCGGCUCUGGGGAGUGGAUAACACAGGUCGCAGGUCCAGGCCGAGUGAAGUGACAAUCAAGACACCCUGUCCGGCAGUGGAUGAUGUGAAAGCACAAGAAAUAGCUGACAAGAUCUACAACCUGUUUAAUGGUUACACCAGUGGAAAGGAGCAACAGACAGCCUAUAACACCCUGAUGGACCUGGGCUCUCCCAGCUUGCACCGUGUCCUCUACCACUACAACCAGCGGUACGAGAGCUUUGGCGAGUUCACUUGGCGCUGCGAGGAUGAGCUAGGGCCCAGGAAGGCUGGGUUAAUCCUCUCCCAUUUAGAUCACCUCAGUGGCUGGUGCAGCGGCCUGCUUCAGGAGCCGAAGAUCAGUCUGCGCAGAGUCUCUCUGAAGUAUCUGUCCUGCCACUACACCGACACAAAAUCCUUUGGCAUCAACUGGGUUGACCUGAGCCUCGACAUCAGGAAGGCCUCUGAAGAACAGGUGCUCUCGGUGCUAUAUAAUGACUAUGGGGAGCUCAAGGUCCUCUGAAGAGCAGACUUUAUUUGGCUGAAUGGAUGAAGGAUUGCCAAACAUUACUUGAGUCUGAGGGUACAUGUCUGGAUUGCAUUUUCUCUGAAACAAAUCUGCUCUGACGUCUCAAGUUCCCUUAACACGGUUACACAUAAUUAGAUUAAAGUAUCCUGUGCUGACUCCUCCAGUAAGUCAGGUUUUUGCUUCUAGAUGUUUGCUUUCCCAUCUACAUCCCAGCAUUGCUUCAAAAUAACAACCAGGGACGGAUUUCAGAACCCAAUGCAACACGUCGAUAGCUGAGCCAUCUCAUCCCUCCUAUGUUAAACACACUGUAGUCUGAGACUUGGGAUUUAUUGGAAGAAGUUUUGGGGGGAAUAAAAGUCUUAUAAUCAAUCCCAAAAAUGUAAAUAAUAUUGUAAUUGACUAUUUCAUUUUCUUAAAAUGUUGAUUGUAGCGCUUAACUUCAGAGGUAAAUUGUGUUUAUGACACUGGUUUUUAUAUAACAAACACACAACGGUGUUAACUUACCUAAGAGGGUUAUAUACAAUAAGUUGCAAGAUGUGCCCUGCCAUGUGUUGAGUUUUAAGGCUUCAAGUUAUAAGAUUAUAUUAUGUCAAAAACACUGAAUCACUGCUCUGCAGGGUCAGUUCCAAAAAGUGAUUUAAAAUAACAGCCAGGCACUGUAGGAUCACAGUACAGUUAGACUAUCGGUUAAUUUUUGGGCAUUAGUUGAUUAAUUGCUAUAUUAAUCGGUAGUCAUCCCUGCACAUUUUUAAUAAAGGUAACAAUCUUAUAGUGGCUGUCCUGCAUAGUAAUACUUAAAAAAUUCAAUAUAAUCUAAAAUAACAUGAGCCCAAUGGGAAUUUGGUCAUUUUAAAAGCGUUUUUAUUUCAGUAAAUGUAACACAUUUUCAUAGAACAACGUCAAUCCAUGAAAGUUUAAUAGCAAAAUAUAAUGCACAAGAACUGAGAAUGGAUAUACCGUAUAUAACACUUAUGGUUCCUUAUGAACAACCUUUAUUUUAUUUAUUUUGUACAUUAUAUUUAGGGCUUCUGGGUUUUCGGCAUUAAAAAAAAAAAAAAAAAAAAAAACAGGUAAACAUCGGUUAAAACAACUCUCCUACCCAUCUUCCACAAUAUAAACUAGUAAAAAUAAGUAUACAUAAACAACUUGAACAGUAAUAUAAUAUUAACAGUACUAAAAUCAAUAAAACAAAACGUUAUAGUCGCAGCUUGUGACACUAGUAAAAGACAUUUACUCGCCCGAAACCAUGCCUGGCCAAAUGAAGGAAUCGUAAAUAAUAAAUGCUGCACUGCACAGUCAACUCCGUUGAAAUGAACUUUGUACAUCCAACUCAAACAUAAACUCCCUUUUCACCAACACAGUUUUAAAAUGAAUAAAGUCUGCUUUGAUUGUAGUAAAUGCAGACAUAUUUUUCCAAGCUGGCAGCAGACAUUGAGGAUCGUUCUGGACAUUGUAGAAAAUGUAAAGUGUAACUGUGUGUGUGUGUGUGCGUGUAGAAACAACAAACCAGAUACAAACUGACGCGGGAAGCUUCUCGCGCGCAUUCUUUCUCAGCAGGGGAUGUUGGGAAAUGGAGUUCAAAAUGCCCAGCCAAAAAUAAUGAAUCUGCGAUCAAAUAUUUAGUUGAUUAAUUUGUCCCAUUAAUCUGGUAAUCGGAGCAGUCUUUGCAUUUUCUUUUAAUCGUUUAAUCAGUCCAUUUGGACAAUUAAUGAAUCGAUUAAUCACACCCAUUUGCUAUAAUAUGCAAUUGUAGUGAACUACAACUAAAAGUAACACUUGGUAUUAAUGCUAUUUUUUGCAAGCAUUGAUUAAUGACACCUAAUGUUUUACAGGCAACUUUAAUUUAACAAUUUGACGAUAAAGGAAAAUGUUUACUUGCAUGUAAUCUGAAGUUAGCUGAAGCAAGUUUUUUUUUAAAAAUAUAAUACAUAAAAUACUGUGCCAUGCAUUACUGUAAAUUAGCAGCUGUACUAAAACCAGUACUGUGUUGGAUAUAUUGGGCUGUUUUUAGGCUAGAGUUGUAAAUGUACAUUGUUAAAAAGAAAAAUCAACUUACUUGCGACUCAGAUGAUAAGAUAAACUUGUAGUAUUGCUGUGAAAGAAAACCCCUAAGAGCAAAUCUUGCAAGUUGUAGUUUUUUUCCUUUCUUCUGAGCCAAUUGUUCCCAAAGUGUUUUUGCUGUGCCCCCCAGAGAUAUUUUUUUUGCUCCCUACCCCUUCUAAUAAACAGUAAAAUAAAAUUAUAAUAUAAAUUUAAGAGGGAUACACCUUAUUACAAUCACAAUUUUUUUAUUGUAUUGACACCAAUACAAAAAACUAGUCACUUAAAUGUUGCACCCUCGUUUGCUCGUUUUCUAAAUUCUGCACGGAGCAAAUCACGUAAAUUAAACUAAAAGCUAAGCCACCUCACCCCCCCAUUUAUAAACUGAAGCUGUAUCUAAAUCUAAAUUUUUAUUCUAUUUUAUUUGUGAACAAAAUGUACCUGAUAUUAAAACCCGCCACCACUACACUUUCAAAUGAAGGAGGGCUAGGCAAUAGAGGCGCUGAGCUACAAUAGGUGUGAAACGACACAUGCUCUGUGGACAGGGGUUGGUCAGAAUAAACGUGAUCCCUCCCUGGAUAGUUGAUAGAGUAAAUCAUCCUCAAGAGCCACUGAGUCUGCCAUUUACCGUGGAGCUUUUACAAUCGCCAGGAAGUCAGAAAAAUGUAUUUUCCAGUUAGGUCUUGGCGUACCCCUAAUAACAUCUGAAAAACACUGUUCUGAGUUAAAGCAAAAUGUUGGUACUCCGCCAUCUUUCUAGAUUUCUUUAACACGCACUGCUUUUUGCUACAGCACGUGGACAGACUAGAUUAAUCGAUCAAUAAUUUUUUUAAUUGAUCAACACCCACAGGCAUGAUUAAUCGAUUAAAACCCCUAAUAUAUAUAUAUAUAUAUAUAUAUAUAUAUAUAUAUAUAUAUGUAUAUAUAUAUAUAUAGUGUUUAAAUAUGUUCAGCUUUUUUACUGUGACAACAAUUACAGUAGUUGAUGAUCUCAGAGUUAUAUAUUAUUAGUCAAAAGAUGCCACAGUAAUGCAAUAUUGUGAUGGAUGGGCCAGUAAUGAAACCUCAGCGAAAAUAAAAAUUCGACUCUUCAAAAAUCAUGCUCUCCCUUUUACUUACUUACAUGUGCCAUGGUUUUAUUCUUCUAAUUCAGAUGUAUACAUUGUAUUAUUAGAUAUACGUUAGGGGUGCUGUUUCAAAUCUUUUGACUCUGAAAGUGUAGAUUGUAUUUUUAUCAGUUUUUUUUUUUGCUCAAGUCAUUUUAUUGUUUAUCUGGCUUCCAUUUAGUUGAGCAAUAUGAGAAUAAACAACUAGAGUGCAUUUGUUUUAAUCUAACUUUUAAUUUGUAAUGUGAAAUGGUUGUGAUUGAAGCAGAAAGCGAUAAUAUCUUUAGGAAUCAAUUAUACAGCUGUAAAAAAUGUUGAAGCCAUCUACAUUCAUUACACUCAAAUGAACCAUGGGCUGGGGAUUGUUUUUAUAGAUAUCUUUUUAAAUUUGCAUGUGUAACAUUUUGUAAAGUCAGGAUUAACUGAUGUGUGCUAGAUGUAUACCGGAUGUUCUCUUUACCUUUUCAAUUGUGUUCUUUGAUAUUUAACAUGAGAACAAAAAUAAUGUAAUCUAAAAGAAAUAUGUUAUAUUGUCUAUUUGUAUGUACAUGUGGUAUUAUGGUAAUGUCCAUUCCACACCAAUACAAAUCUUCUUAAAUCAAUGGUAUCUGAUCCAGUUUGUGCCAAAUUCUUCAGCUUAUCCUUCUCUUUUAAAUGAUGCUCCUGUAGGGAGUUUUGUGCAAAACGUCAUGGCAUUAAUUAAAGUGUGAUUGCAGGCUAAGAUACUGUAACUAUGUUCUACUGUACACUCUCUUAAGUUACUUCCAUUAUUUAUUGCUAGAUGCAGCUUCAUAAAUUGAUCUGGCAUUGUCUGUAUAUGGCUAUUGCACUUCAGAAACUCCUUCAAUAUAUUACCUAAGGUACCCAAGUAGGGGUUGUUAUAUAUAAUAUUGUUUUGUGGUUUCUGUAUGCAAGAUGACCAAAUACUUUUUUGACUGUUCAUUUGGCCUGGCUCUUCACAAGCACGGUCCAAAUGGACUCACGGUCCAAGUGGUGUAGGGCAGAGAGAAAUAAUGAGAAAUAAUGAGCUCCCAACUUCCAAUCUGUUUUGAGGUAAUUAGGCUGCUCAGGUACUCAAUUGCUGUAAAUACUUUUGCAGUGAGGCACAGUCUUCAGAGCAGCGUUUAAACAGUAGGAAAUACAUUUUCUCAGUGCUGCUUGUUUCAGCUGGCCAGCAAGAAGGCCUGAAAGGAGGCAGCAGGGGACAACUUUCUUUAGAGGAUUAUAGUGAGAAGGAAAAAAAUUUCAGGGAAUAGUUACCUCUUUUGAUUCUCUACUGUCAUUCCUAGGACAAUGGGGAUAGUGUAUGACAAAGGCCCAAUUAGACUUUCCCAACCUGUAAAUCACUAGCCAUAGAUAGAAAAACUACUGUAUGUUCUAGCUAUCAGUGUUUUGAAUCAAGACAAAACAAUAAAAAGGCAUUUCAUACAUUGUUAAUACAUGUGCAAUACAGUUUAUUAUUGUAUACAUGUUGUUUUACAUGUUAGUAUUAAUCCAUGUUAAAAUAUAUCUCCAAGUGACCAGUGUAUUGUAUGCUUUAUUCUUCCUGUUGAGUGGAUUUGAAAUACACUCAUAGAACAUAGAAUUGCAGAACCUUUAUAGUUAAAAAAAACCAAAAA